AUGACAACAUUUCACUUAGCUACAAUAAAUGUUCAUCAUUUUAGGCAUUCAGUGACUUAUAAUAUUAAUAUAGAAGAAUUAGUAGGCAUUCAUAAGCCAUAUGAUCUGGCUUUUGUUGUGGCUCAAGAAAUAAACUCUUUUGAUAAUUGGUCAAAAUUCUGCAAUCUGCUUGGUUUAGAAAAUAUUGUAUUUGGUGCCAGUGAAAGCGAUAGUUUUGGUAAUGGUAUUGCAUCGCGAUAUUCAUUUAAAUCUUUUUCAAAUCAACCAACAAGUUUUUCUUGCUUUGAUGUUGUAAGAGCCUUAUUGCAAUGUCGUUUAGAUGAUGAUCAUUCAUUUUGUAAAGAUCGAACAUUUGCUGUGACACAUUUAGACUAUAGAAAUGAAGAUGAUCGUCAAAACAAAUGA